AUGCACACUCUGCUAAUUCUAGCUUGUCUACUUACAUUUCUACUAGAAGGUAAGUUGAGUUAUUUAUUGAUUUUUAUUUUCUUUUAGCUAGAUACAUUAUCAAAUGAACACCUUCACUUUUGAAUGAAUUGAUUUAAAAAAGGCAAAUAAAAUUUAACGUUUGUUUGAAAACGAUUGAAAGUUGGAUAAAACAGCAACUUUGAAUUAGAAUUUUUUUUAAAUAGUAUUUAUUAAUUUCAAGCACCUUAGACAGUGCCCUGAAAUACAAUGAUCCUAAACAUGAAAUACAGAUGUUACUCACUAAACAGUGAACUGCUGUAAGUUGAAGAUGAGUGUUAACAUUAACCGACUUUUGGCUUAAACAAUAAAUAGGAGAACAUUGAUUUGAAGCACAGAAUGCAUAGCCAGCAUUUUUGUCUAUAGAUUUUUUUCAGACAAUCUAAAGGGACACUUCACAAAUCUAAAACAACUUUAUUUUAUUUCCAAUGAAAACAUAAUUUUUUUAUUUGCCUUUAUUUAUGCAAGUUUGCAAUAGGGGUUGUGACAAACCAUCCUUAUUUUGUUGACUUUCCCCACAUGUUGUCACCCAAAAGACUAUUCUCACUAACCCUGGCUCCCUGCACCUUCCCCUCAAGGCCAACUACCUAACAGCGCCCUUUUCCCUGACUGUUACUGGUGUCCAGUGAAAUAUAUUUAUUUAACUUUAAAUAUUUGAUGUUUUGUAGGAUUGUUUUGUGAUAUGAAUAUUAUAAGUUUUAUUCAAAUUACUUCCAGAACACUUAGUGCCCUUAACUAGGAUUAUACUAGUAACAGACUUUCAUUUUACCACAUAUGGUUCACUUUAAGAAUGAUGGAUGAAGGCCUGUUGAUAGUAACCUUUGACCUAGCUUUGCAAGCCAGUCUCUCUCUGGAUUACCAAGGCUCAGAUAUCUAAAGUCAUUUAUUCAGUUAACCAGGUAUAUAGAACGUUUGUGUAACUUCUAUUUUACCACCUAAAAUAUAAUGUAUGGCUUUAACCCCUUAAGGACACAUGACAUGUGUGACAUGUCAUAAUUCCCUUUUAUUCCAGAAGUUUGGUUCUUAAGAGGUUAAUUAUAGAUUUCAAAUGAUGCUAAGUCACUCCCCUCUUUCUAAGAUAGCCACUUAUUUUAAAGUAAGCCAACCUUAUGUAUACGCCCCUAUAUAACUGAAUUUUAAACCUAUAAAAACGAUUGAAGCUAAGAUUUUUUUUUUUUACCAAUACCUUUAACAUCAAAAAUGGAUACCAUCUUGAACAUUGCUCUGUAUUGGACCUCAAAGAGGUUUGCAUUGACGUAGGUUGUUUUUCGGAUUUUGUGUAUGUUUGAAUAAAUAUACAUUUUUGGCUGCAAGACACUCUGAUUCGAUUACAAAGAAAAAGAAAAAAAAGUUACCUGCGCUCUUUCCCAAAUCCCUAUGUAUCUUUAAACGAAUGGAGAUUUUUAGUUACCUCUAAUGGCCAUGAGAGGGUAUGCCCAUGUUUGCUGAUGACAUACUUAUGACAUUAACAAAUCCUGAGCCCUCUAUACCAUCUACAUUACAAAGUAUAGAAGAAUAUAGUAGAUUUUCUUAUUAUACAAUGACAUAAGACACCUUAAAUGCAUCGGCAUAAAAAAAUGUAUAAUACCAUGGAGAGGUGGUAACAUUAAGAACAUAUUAGGUAAAGCUGAGAUGGAAUGGGUUUUUAAUCUCAAAACUCUUACCCCAUCUGGUUUAAAUGUUGAUUUUGACCUGUUUAAUUUUAUUUAAAUUCCUAUAUACAACCCUUAUCUACAUGCUUUUAUUCUUUAUGUCUGGACCUAACCAACCCUCAUAAUAAUAAUCUUUUAAGUUUUAAUUUUUCAUCUAUGCCUUUCCAUUUAUGUAUCUUGUAUUCUGUGUUAUCUUUUAUUUAAUUUUAUUUUUAUUUUUAUUUAUCUAUUAUUUUCAUUUAACAUCUGUAAUAUAUUAUUACUCUGGGGUAUAAUAUAACCCCUAUUUAAAUCAUUAUGUUUGGGAUUAUAUUACCCCCUUUUCAUGCAUACUCCAUUUACAUAUAUCUCUGUAUCUCUGUACCUUUAAACCAUCUACUUAUUUUUUUUAUUUUUUUUUAAUGAACUUUAAUCAAACAACUUUUUUUUUUUUUUAACUUUAAUCAAACAACUUUUUUUUCUUUCUUUCUCUUUAAAAAACAACUUUCUCACCCUCGUUUUCACAUUUAAAUAAUUUAAAUGGACUCAUCACCUUUAUAACAUCACUCCCAUACUCUUGAAUCCUAAUUUUGAAAAGUGAUUUUAAAAAUUGUCUCUGAUUGGCCAAUUACACUUUUGGCGCAAUUUUCAAAUUAACAUAGCCCUAUUUAAACAACCCCUGCCAGGUUACUACUUUUAUCCCAUUCUGAAGAAGCCACUUAUGGCGAAACGCGUUUAUGGUUAUUAAUUCUGUAUUUUACUGUGUAUUUUAGAUCAAUAAAAGUUUUUUGGCUACUUUAUUGUACCAAUCCUCUUUUUAUUGCACUCUUUAUGCACUUUAAACAACUUUUUUUUACCUAUUCCUGGCAUUUUAACCUUUCCUGGUUACUUUUACUUCCACUGGCAAUUUUAAAGUUCCAGUACUCCAAGAAAUCCUAGGUGGGGAUCAUACCACCAGCGCCUAUCCAUAGAACAGUACCUCUGCUCUAUCUUUGUGAGUAUUAUUUUAUUUUCUCUACUACUCUCUUAACCUAUCACAAUUGAGAGCACUAUUGCUGCUUUUUAUUCUUCUAUAUUGGAGCCUUGGAUCACCAGACGGUGCUGACGGACGUAUCGCCGCUACAUAUCCUAUAAGCGGGUAUAAUACCGCUGUACACUAUCCACACCAGAGCUGGCCAUAGCUCCCUCAAAUGUGAGUUUUUUACCUCUUCUUAUCUGCACAUUGAACCACAUCAAAAUUGAGAGCACUAUUGUUGCUUUCUGUCUUUCUUUUCCGAGUUCUGGACUACCAGACGGUGUUGACGGAGACCCCCUCCCUACAUAUCCCAUAAGCGGGGAUUAUACCGCUGUACGCAAUCCACACCAGAGCUGGCCAUAGCUCUCUUGAAUGUGAGUUCUUUACUUUUUGUUACCUAUCACACCCUGAACUUUCAUACUAUACCAUUAGUCGCCUCUACCUCUCUUGUAUUUACAUAUACGGAACGGUCUACACCAGACGCAUCCACAGAGGAACUCUAUCAAGUAUCCUAGACCAUCUAUUGGCACCCUAGCUAUACUUUACUGGACUAUCUACCCUUAUUUGGCGCAGCCCUUCCAUAUCUUUUUGUUUCUUAUUAUAAGCUCAAUAUGAAAAAAGACAAGCUCUACACUGUAAUCUUUCAAGUUUACAAAUAAGAAAUUUGAAUAAUAACCAUAAACCUAAUUGGUCUAGUUCUUUAUGUUAUCUGGGAAUAAAUAUCAAUUUUAAUAUUGAAGAGUGGACCUGUGAUAAUUACAACCUUCUUCUUAAAGAGUUUAGAAAUACAAUCGUAAAACAGUUUGUAAUGGAUCACCUGGCACCCCGACUGGUUACCUCAGUUGACGGAUGCUUCCUAGCUGACGCAGAGGACCAUAAGCACUGCACCAGACACAACAACCAUGUCAGGGUGGCAGUCCGUAGACCGGGACCCCUGUGCCUGAUGUGGAAAUGAGCGGAGUCUUUAGCGUGGAAGUGGAUAUGUAGGGCCUGGAGCAGGGUAACCGCACGCCCCCUGGUGUUGAGCACCAGCGUUUGUGCGGCCACAAACCAAGACCCUGAUGCAGCUUAGUGGAAGCCAGAGCAGACAUAUGCUGAGAUGUAUCCAGUACUAGAAACAAGAUAAGACUAGGAUAGACACCAAACAAGAAAACAAGACAAAACUAGUAGAACCCAGAACCAGAGAAGGAUAGAAAGCUAAACCCAGAACAUGUACACAAUACAUAUGGGAAACAUAAACUAAACAGGAGCAGGACAGGACUGUACAUGGACUGGGAUUACAAAUAAAACAAGACAAGAUAUAAUAGGCAAAACAAGGAGACAUAACUAAGCACUAUAUGUGAAAAGUAUGGGGAUUUAGUUACAUUAUAUGAUCAUACAUUGCAUAAGCCUGCCACAACGCCAAUGUACCCUAUAUCUGGCAGGUCCUACACUGCCUAAUGUUCGUUAAAAGAACCAUACUAAACCACAAUAGCACUUACCUGCAAGAAAGGGCAGAGACUUGAAAACAAACGGGUGCGGCAACAUAAAACAAACAUUUAAAUGAGACUGGGAAAUCCAGGGACGGAAUAUAAGAAUGAACCCUGAAACCUAGUAUAAAGAAAACCAGACAUAGAAUAGAAAACCAAAAAAACAAAUUAGGUCUUUCAGCCUUUUGGUAGAUAGCUCCCUAAUACCGUGGGAAUUAGGGAGUUAUCUAUUUACUCAUUCCCAUCCAUUGACUGUAAUAGAAGUGUUACUUUAUUGUUGUAAGUUUUGCAAAUGCUUACAGUUGAAUCCAGGCUAUGCUUGUAUACUUUUUAUUUAAACUGAUAUACAGUGUAACAUUCUUCCACUGGGUAUAUUAGUACUUUCGCAACUCUGUGGUUCAGAACGUCGACAACUUUGGAACUUCGGCAAUUCGGCUAUUCAGACAUUCGGAAGUAUUCGAAUAUCCGAAUUGCCCGAAAUUCGUCUGAACUGACAUUUGGAACGAAACGAAUUGCACAUGUCUAGCGCCAACUGGAAGUAAAGACAUAAAGAAGGCUUGGAACACAGAACAGAAACCGAAGAAUAGGAAACAGCUGGGAACACCAUCCUCCCUGGUGGCUCUCCUGAACAGGGAGAAGGCAGUUUAGACAAACACACAGAGUAGACUACAAGAGCAAGAUAGGGAUAAUACACAAAAAGGGAGGGAGAACCCCUGCAAAGACAGUACACACACAAUUGGGUUGCCAGGGGGAUUUACAGUUUAGCGGCAGUCCCGCUACAGUAAUGACAUCUACUGUGUUCAUAUUUUUCCUUAAAUAAUCUAAGAUUUAUGCUGUUUAUCCUUUGGAUUUUCAAGACGAUUUAAUAAAGGUUACAUUUUAGAUUAUUGGGCUGUUUUGUUACUUGCCAUCUUUAAAUGAUUUUGAAUGUGGUUUGAAUAAUUUUGAUUACAACUAUAUAUUAUAAAUGCAUUGUUUACGAUUAUGUAACAUACUAGAUUUAAUAUAAUAUACGUCUUAAGAUCUUAUGCUUGAUGGUCCUCCAUCUUUUUAACAUAACUUUGUUGUAGAUGAAAAUUAGGAAGACAGGUUUUUAAUUAAUUCCUUCCCUUUUUUUCACUUUCAAUUUUCUUUCUCAGUGUCCUCAUUGACAUGUUAUCAAUGUGAGAGUAGCAGUGGAUUGCCUUGCACUGGUUAUCUUGCAACAUGUGUGUCCUCUGCAAAAAGGUGUAUAUCGAUUUAUGAAGAGACAUUUGGUAAGUAACAUGGACUGAAUUCUUGAUUUAGUAUAGGCCUGUCAGCUGUAUGAGCUGCUAACAAGCACAUAAUAAAAAAUAAAAAAAUCAAUCAUGGGCUCCCAGGACCAUAUGCUCAUCACCAUCAGUGGGAUGGUCCCCACUGCAUCAUGCAUCCAAAUGCUCCACUUUCACUGUGUCAUUAAAUCAGUCUCCUGGACCCCUGAAAACAGGAAAGGCUAGUGGUGUAUCUUCUGUAAAAUGAACCAAAGUAUGGUUUAGGGUGUUAAUGAUAUGAACCCCAGGAGCAGCCUCUCCUCCAGGUGUAUCAUCCAGAAGUGUCACAAUUGAGUCUGGGGUCCAGUCACCGACUAUAUCUUCCUCAAGAUGCUGAUCUCACUAAGGGAAUCUCUGGGAAGUGAGGCUAAAGAGGAGGUAGUUGGUACCUGUAGUGGUUUGUGACAAAAUUACUAAAAUCUGUCCUAAAAACACCAUGGGAAAAGCUUCUUCAAUACAAAGGACAUAAAACACACAAAGGAUCCCAUUGGUAUUUACUUAUAACCCAACUCUAGAGGAGGUACAUCAAAUUAUUAAAGACCUACAGUCAUUAAUCUCAGAGGACCCUACAAUCAAAUAAAUAUUUAAUGAGCAACUAACAACUAACCUUAGACAAACUAACCCCAGAACAGAGCUCACACAUGUGUGAAGGUAGUGGGGACCGUGUAGAUAAACAUACCCAUAUAUUAGCUUACGUUAAUAAACAGACAGAAGACGUUGAUGCUGACAAACAGGCCACAGCUUUAUCAAUAAAUAUCAAUUACAUUACUUAUUAACCAUACAUUAACAUAUUGGAACCAUAAACAUUCCCACUUUCACACCCUUGUCAACCAUUCCUGCUGAUUCUGGGCACCCCCCCUCCUCCUAUUCACCAAACUGGCCUCUGCUACGUGUUCUUGGAGGUGCCUGCUUGCCAGUCUCCUGUGUUUGUGUCCUUUAUCCAUUCUGUUUGGGAACCGAACAGGCGCACGAACCAGAGACCAGCCAGGAGCUUGUUAAGCCUAAUUGUGUCAUGACAUCAAUCAUGACAUGUGGAAGGCCAGGUGUGGUUAUCUUCCUGGCAUCUUUGAACUCUGGACUCUUGCUGCUUUGGUCCUGCUCUCUUUCCUCUGAGCCACCCAUCUAUUCUUGUUUUUGCCUAAUGUGCAUCCUUGCCUUGUUUCCAGCACUGGGCACUGAACUUUACCCGUGCCUUUUCAUGUCUAUUUGGCACACCUAAAGGAGAUCGUUAUUAGCUGGAUAUAUAAGAACUGACUCGCCCUGGGAGCUUGGUCAGUUCAUUGACUUUGGUUCUGCUGUUUGGUUCCUGAUAGUCAUAUCUUGAUCCAGUGUUUUUUCUGACUGAUUCCUGCUUCCAACCUAGGCUCAUUUCCUCAAUUGCUCUGACCUUUGGCUUCCCCUGAAUUUGGCUUUCCACAACUACACUUCUGGUAAUCCUUGCCUGUACUGCAACUUGGAGCACUAUUCCUGCACAGCCCCUGUUCACAGGUUCACAGCCCAUGUGGCUUCUUGCCUGGUCACCUUGGUCUGUGAUUAUUUGCAAGGGUGAGAUACUGACAAAUUGACAGUUUGUAACACUUUCCACCGCAGUGUUCUAAGUGUUCGUCUGGGUGACCGCUGUUUGCAUGAAUGACCAAAAGGUGGCAGCCAUCUUGUUUAAGUGAACGCAGGCAGCGGUGUUUGGGCAUGAAUCUCAUGGAACUGAAAUCAGACACAGAAACUCCCGAACACUGAUGGACUUCCAACAUUGCCUGUGUUCGGUUCCACACAACUUUAAAGGCACUGUUUGGUGGAAACGUUCCCACGAACAAGGUGAACAAGCUCCAGGGUAAGACUAUUGACUCUGUUUGGUAGUGUGUUAGUUUUUAAACUAACAAACUUGACCGACCGUUAGCACUGAAUUCAUGGAACGGUUCUGGACAUAGGACCAUGUGCACUGGCGGUCAAGAUUAUGACUUCCAUGGAAAUCCCGAACCCUGAACCGUUCUGGGUGAGUUUUGGAUAUGUUGGUCCCCAGAUUGGGGCUAUCAGAGGAUGUGACUUUUGUUGGGUUUCCAUGUGUUUUGGGGGUACUUUCAGGAUUUUGUUAAAAUGUAUGUUUUUUUUGUGUCUGGAGAUAAUUGCGUUUAGUACAGUUCCUGAAUCAAUUAUCCCUCAGGCACAGGGGAGAGAUUACCCUGUUUUGUGUGGGAGUGUCCUGGACCUGAGAGACAAUGUAAUUACAGUGUGUACUUUGUCAUAGUCCCUUCUCAGGUCCAGUGGGGAAUGCUCCUGGAAUAUGUUAUGGAAAACCCCUUGUAUGGGGACUUGCAUAUAAGGCCAGUUGUGGCUACCAACAUAUAAUUUCUUCUUCACCCUUAACAUAGAGCCUUGUCUCAUGUUUGGAGAGAACAGCUAUAUUCACUUUGGGGAUUGCUAUACACCUUGUUUCAAAUUAUUAUGCAAUUUCUAUUUAAGUGUAACAAAGAUUAAAUAUUUUGUUUUUCCGUUUAACUCAUGGAUGGCAUUGUGUCUCAGGGCUCUUUUGAUCACUGAAAACAAUCUCGGACACCUGUGAUAAUUAAAUUUCCAGGUGUGCCCAAUUUAAGGAAAAACUACUAAAGGGGGGUGUUUCACAUCAUUAAGCAAAGCAUCAUUUUCAUGCAAUAUGGGGAAGAAUCUUUCUCCUGCCAAAAAGAGUGAAAUACUUCAAUGCCUUGGACGAGGUAUGAAAACAUUAGAUAUUUCACGAAAACUUAAGCGUGAGCAAUGCACUAUUAAGAGAUUUGUGGCAGCAAACAGAAAUUUGAAACUACUGGUGCCUCUGGAGUCCCACGGACAUCAAGGUGUAGAGUCCUCCAGAGUCUUGCAACUGUGCAUAAAUCUUCUAUUCAGCCACCACCAACAAAUGCUCACAAGCAGAAACAGUUGCAUUGGGCAGAAAAAUACAUGAAGACUAAUUUUCACAGUCCUGUUCACUGAUGAGUGCCGUGCAACCCUGGAUGGUCCAGAUGGAUGGAGUAGUGGAUGGUUGGUGGAUGGCCAACCAGUUCCAACAAGGCUGCAACGUCAGCAAGGCGGUGGUGGCGUCAUGUUUUGGGACGGUAUCAUGGGAAGAGAACUGGUCGGUCCCUUUAGGGUCCCCGAAGGUGUAAAGAUGACCUCUGCAAAGUAUGUGGAGUUUCUGACUGACCACUUUCUUCCCUGGUACAGAAGGAAAAACUAGGCUUUCUGUAAUAAAAUCAUCUUCAUGCAUGACAAUGCACCAUCUCAAAGAAUACCUCUGCAUCAAUGCCUGCUAUGGGGAUAAAAGGAGAGAAAGUAAUGGUGUGGCCUCCAUCCUCCCCUGACCUCAAUCCUAUUGAGAAGCUUUGGAGCAUCCUCAAGCAAAAGAUCUAUGAGGGUGGGAGGCAGUUUACACCCAAACAGCAGCUCUGGGAGGCUAUUCUGACAUUUUGCAAACAAAUUCAAGCAUAAACUGUCCAAAACCUCACAAGUUCAAUUGAUGCAAGACUUGUGAAGCUGCUAUCAAAUAAGGGGUCCUAUGUUAAAAUGUAAUGUGACCUGUUAAAAUGUUUAAAAUGUUAAAAUGUUGUUAUAAGUUUGGUUGAAAUAGCUUUUGAUUUCACUAAAUAUGCUGCAAACACAACACAUGACAAUUUUGAGUUCUUUACAACCUAUAAAGUGUUUUGAAACUGUGCGUAAUAAUUUGGAACAGUGCAUUGUUUUUUAUGUUUAAAAAAAAAUACUGUUAUCAUUAGGAGGUUUGUUCAAUAAAAUUUGAAUUGUACUCUUAAUAGUUGAUAAAAUGAGAAUUAUGCUGACUGUUAUGUACAUCAAUUAUUUGGGUAAAUGAGAAAAAUAUCAUUUGCAUAAUAAUUUGGAACAGGGUGUAAUAAUUAUUGUCCCUUGGGUUAUAAUCACUUGCUCUUUUAAGAGCAUACCUGCUUUUACUCUCUGGACUAGGAGAGGUCUACCCACUGGAAACUGUAUCCUGGUCUUGGGUCCAGGGUGGGUGGAGGACAGCGAGACCCCAACCAAGCUGUAAUGCUGGCCAAGGGGACUGCAGUGGUUAUGGUGUCUGGAGUAUUUGGAAGUACUCGUGGAUACUAAGAAGCAUCGAUUGGCGGAGGCACCCAGUUGGGGUGCCAGGCGGUCCAACACAGGCCUCACAUCUGGCCUAACAUUAACUCCAUGCUCACCGCUGAUCUGCCUCUGGCUCAGUGGGAAUGUACAUUACUUAUAAACAUAACCAAGGUUAGUGGAGGGAUGAACGUGAUCAUCUUUCCACUGGACCUCUGGUCCAACCCUGAUUGACAAGAGACCUUCCCCGCCACAACCCACACCUUAAAAUCAGUGGGGCCACCCCACCAAACCUACCAUGGCCUCCUCCAAUGCAUCUUGCAAAGCCAAAUUAAAGAGUUCUGAACCAACACCCUCUCACUCUUGAAAAACAUUGCCGUAUUCUGCUAAAAAACGCGGUGCUGAAUCGCAAUGCCCCCACUCCCGUAUAAAAGUUGAAAUCCACUUAUUGAGCUUGACCCUGCUGCGCUCUAUUGCACGCUGAUCCCUAGCACAAUGCCAAUAGUUAUGGGACACCACUUCCAACCAGACUAGGCAGACGUCUGGGAAGAGCAAAAGCACCUGUGCUAGAUCCUGCCUAAUCAUGUCCCUCAGUCCCAAUACUGGGAAGAGUCCCAGGUCACUGCUCCCUAGGUGGAUCACCAAGACGUCCGGCACUUUCCUUAAAUGGGAAAGUUGAACCAGUUCAGGCAGCAGAUGAACGUAACUCAUGUCCUGAGCCCCGAACCAUCGGACAUCAGCCACCAUAGGAAAGAGGCCUAGACGAAGCCCACCUGAGUAGACACCAGUACGUUGAUGGGCCCAAUACACGUCCAAUCACCCAGAUACAUCACAAAGGACCUACAGAUAUAAAACCGCAGGAAACAAAAUGCCCCACGCAUCCAGUAACAUCUUGAAUACCUUGAUGAACUGAAAUCAGGACAACAGCCCCGCAUCCUGGUGGACCAACAGCGACCCAUAUGCAAAUUAAACCUGUUAACUGACUUUGGGGUCAAAGGCCAAUUAAAGCCUAUCAGAUCUAGAGGAGGGGUAUUUAGGCCCAGUUCUCAUCCUGCUCAGUGCCCUGUCUUGGUUUUCCUUGUGGUUGUCCGAGAGCGCGUUCCUGUUUAUAGUUUUCUACCUGGUUUUUGACUUUGGCUUUGUUUAUUGACUUCUCUCUAUUCUGGUAUCCUGACUCCUGGCUUUCCUCAUCGCUGCAUCCCUUUCUGUGUUCCCUGACCUCGGCUAGUAUUUUUGACUAUUCUAUGUAUGUUAAAUCCGGCCAUUCUAAGGACCGGUAAUACAUUACUUAUUUGUCAUCCGUGCUAUACAGUUCUACGUGCUGGAUCAAACAGUAAUCCUGACACCCAUGCACCGACGGCAGAAAUGCGCCAACAUGGCAAAAACAAGCGAUUGGGCAAACUACCGAAAGAGAGAUCCAUACACCUCUCAAGCAUGUAUCUGUUUAGGAGUGCCGCAACAAAAACGCACCGAACCCUUAGCGCAGUGUAUAUCACCCGACAGUGUCGCCCUAGUGACCUUCCUACUAGGACUAAAGAGUUCCCCCACACGCUGCGCUCCUAUUGUGCCAGCAAUGACAGGCCCACUCCACUCCAGUGGAGGCCCAGGGUAGACCCACUAGAAACCGGUGAGGGGGCAGACCCCAGCAUACCCUACAACCCCCGCCUCCUUUCAUGCACUGAGGUGCCCACACCCUCUGUGACAAACCCUGAGGCCUACUUACCCAUCUGGGAUGCCGACUGGCACUCCGCCUGACAGACGAGUGGGACACGUGCUGGGAAUCCUGGAGCUGCGCAGGCUGCUGUUGACCUCCUAGCGGCCCAUGGAGAAGAAACAGGAACGGUGGAGGCUGCACAAGGCUGCCUGAGGCAGGACUACGGCUCCUAUCAGGCUGAGCCAACUGCCUGGAGGAAUGCCCGCCGGCCGAACCUUGGUCACUGUAACCCUUCCUGUAGCCCUGGAGGGUGUGGACAGCCCCACCGCAGGGGUCCUGGAUGUCGCUGACCGCCUAGGCCCCUCACUCACACAUGUCCCUUUUCCUGGCUAGCCUGUGGCCUGGUCAGGGUCUGAAUGGCACUGUAUGAUGCAACUCUGCAAACUGUGACAAUAACACAGCUAGGCACAACAAAACAUGCAACAUUACUGUAUCAUAUAUCCAUGCACAUGUGUGUGACAAAGGUUGCCACAUUGGAGAAACUGGCUUUAAGCUGCAUCUCAGGAUGUUCUUACAAAGACACUCAACCAAGAACCAAAAGAAAACCAAAUAUAAAAAAAUUAUAUUAACCCCCAAAGAUGACUUCACUGCUGGGGAUUGACACUUCGUGAUGGUGGUAGCUCUGCACAGUGUCAAGAAAUGUUAAGCAGAGGAAAAAUACUGAGACAAAGUAGCCCCUACUGCAAUUCCAACACAGUCAAUAUGUCAUAGAGAAUAUAUCGUGGGGGUGGAUUACAAUGUUAACAAAUUUUUUUUAAAGUAAUCCUUUUGGUGGCAUCUAGUGUCUAAAUUCUAAAUUACAAAAUGACCAAUGCAUUUAACUCAUUAUUAGGAAUAUGUCUAUAUGGUUUAUUCUCUAUAUAUGGGAUCAUCCAAAUAUUUUGGAGGUAGUAGUGCCAUACAGACAUUUAAACCAUCCAUGUGUAUAGUCUAGCCCUGCAGAUUCGCUCAGUAUUACCAAAUUCCAAAAUAUGAGAAUUGCAAUUGCGGUUCGGCAUUUUAUCCUUUUUCAAUUUAGUAAAUAUAAAUUUUUAGGAUUAUUUUUUUCUUAUGUACUAUUAAGAUCUGUUUGCUUUCGCACUCAGAUUAAAGUUUAAUAAUUGUAAACAAAUACCUCUGCCUCAGUUCUCUCUUUAUUUGUUAUAUUUUUGUCUUGUUCUGUUUUAUUCAGCUUCAGGUGGAAGAUCUAACAGAUUUGCACGAGGAUGCGGAAUAACGAGCCAAUGUGAUGUGUCUGGGACAGUUAGUUUGUUAGACAGAACUUAUAGAACAUCUUCUACUUGUUGCAAAGACAGUAUGUGUACACCUCCAUUUCCAGUCUGUGAGUAAAAAUUUAUUUCAUUUUCAAAUAAAGAAAUCAAUGCACACACAUUCGAUGCUUUCAUUUUCCAGGAUAUUUUUAUUAUAUUUACUUUAUAUUUAUAUAACAAAAAAAGCAGGGCCGAUGUGAAGUUUUUUGUUUAUUUUUGGGCUACACAGGUGAAGACUCAUUUUGCCACCCCAACAUGUAUCUUUGCCUGUCUAGACCCAUGUGUCUCUGUGCCCCUCUUUGAUUGGGGCACUCCCAGCAACUAGAGCGCAUGCACAAAUUUCAGUUAGAGAGGAAGGGUUACUGCAGUCACUAUCAGUCUCCUGGGGGCAAGCAACGCAGUAGCAAAAUAAGACUCUCGAGUAAAAGGUAAGUAAACUUUAUUUUUAUGUUUUGCGGGGCGUCUGACAUCUCGAGGAAUAAAGGAAUACCCCAAAUGAUAAGAUUAAAUAUAACUUUUGUAAGCACACACAUUCUUUAAAGGGAUAUUCUAAACAUCAUAACCCCUGUAACCCAUUGUUGUGGUUAUGACGUCAAGAGUACCCUAGCCUGGGUAUACAGUAAUGGGGCAAAUCUUUUAGCAAAGUUUUGCCAUCUUAUCUGGUCCUGCAAGGCUCAGAGACUCCUUGCUGCUCUGCAGAAGCAUGCAACUGAUCCAGUUUACAGCAAUUAGCUGAAGGCUCUCAGUCAAUGAAUGACACACUGUGCACAAAAAUGUGCAUGAAUUGAUAUUAGUUAGCCCAGAAUUCUUGUUUGCUGAUGCCCCCAUGAUGCUACCAAGGUUUGAACUGCUCAAUGUUUAGUAGAUAUGUGCCUACUUGCGGCACUUUUAGGUUUAAAGCCUCCCUUAUCCUAAUAUGGGUGUCAUACUGACCCCCAAAUGCUUUAUUUAUUUAACUAUUAAAUGUAGCUAUGCUAUGUGUGCAGGCUUAGGGGACACAUCAUUUUCUACCUUAACUCGCACAGAUUUAAUUACUGAUUACUUGCACUGUACAGAAUGUCAGCAGUGGAGCAAUACUGCUAAAAACAAGGCUAGUGGAACAAUAGCUGAGCUCCAUGUCCUUGCUAUAAACGUGACCCCAUUUGCACUGGUGAUAGUUCCACCCUGAAACGUUUUGUAGUUGUGUAGCUGUCAUGACUUGUAUGAGGUUUAUUGAUCAUUUUGUUUUAUUUCAUUUUAGUACCGCCAUACAAUAAUUCAUAUUUGAACGGGAGGACUUGUCCAUCAUGUGUGUCCUAUAUGGAAACAGACUGCAAUUCAGGUUUAUACAAGAACUGUACUGGGUUAGAGACUUAUUGUCUCUAUGAAUCUAUGAAGACAACAGGUACAUAAUUUAUUGACUAUAAGCAUAGGAGCUUAUGAAGAAUUGUGCACACUACCAACACUAGAAUCAACACACAGAUUAGAGUGGUGUCCAAAUGUGAACUCACUGAGAAAAUGCUGCCUCUCUUAAGAUAACCCCCAACAGACCCUUCACAAAAAAUGCACAAACCAGAAAACAGAGGGUUCAGGUUCCAGUGAAAAUGAAUCCAUACCUGUGGUGCAAAUAACCUCGCCACUGGGUUUUGGAGGGGCCUGUUUGCCAGCCUUUUGCCCCAGGAUUAUGGCCCAUGUGUUAAAGCUUUGUUUUAUGACUGUGAAAAGGCUUGUUCCUGCCUUUUUACAAUGGGGUUCGGUGAAUGUUGUUUACCGAAGAAAUCGUGGAACAGCCGGACGACCCUGCGUGUAGAGUGUGCUGCUGGUUAACCGACCAAGAAGCUGUGGUUAGCCACAGCUUAAUUGACGAAUGGCUGGGUGGUCGGCGUUCGUAUGAACGAACACGAGGUGGCAGCCAUUUUGUUCAGCUGAACGCACUCAUCGGUGGUUUGCCGUUGAGUGCCUGGAACUAUAAUCAGACACUCAAAGGCACGAACAGCGCUGGGACUUCCACCUUCCGUACGUUCAGCUAAAUCCAUACGAACAGAGCACUAUUCAGAGAGAACAAACUCAUGAUCGAGACGCUUUAAAUAAAGUUAUGCACGAACAGAUCUGUUCGUGCAAUUUGUACCUUAUUUGAAGGAGAAAAAAUUUGGUUUUUCUGCUUGGGGAUAAUUGAGCUAAUUACAGUAUCUUACUCAAUUAUCUCCCUAGCAGAGGGGAGGGUUUGUGUACAUUAUCUGGGAGUGUCUAACUGUACAAGACUGUCCUGAUUGGCUUUGUAACUUUGUGUCCUGUGCUCCACAAGGUCCACGUGGGUGGUAACCUUGUGGGGAAAACUAUAUAAAAGAAACAAAAAACCCUCAGUUUGCUGAGUUCCUGUUUUAUCCUCAAUAUAGAGUCUUGUCUCAUGUGUGGGGGGGAAAAGGCUGUAUCUAUACUGAGGAUUGUUAUACGCUGUAUACUCUCCUGGCUAUAAUUACUAAGCUCUUUUAAGAGCUUGUUCCGGCUACGCUCUCUGGAGGAGGAGAGAUCUACCCACUGGGAGCUGGAUCCUGGGUCCAGGAUGGGUGGAGGACGGCGAUGUAAUGGAUCACCUGGCACCCCAACUGGGUACCUCCAUUGAAGGAUGCUCCUAGCACUUCCUGAGGGCCCCAAGCACUCCAGCCGACACCAUAACCACCAUGGACUCCUUCAGAGAGCAGGACCGGAACAAGCUCCUACAAGAGCUUAGCAGUGAAUAAAGCAAGGGAGUAUGCAGAGCAUAGCAAUCCCUUGUAGCAGAUUUCCCCCAAUAAGAGACAGCACUCCAAAUUGAGGGUGAAGAAGAACUGUCUAAAACUUUUUCCUUGGGACUAGCCCAUAUGGUCAUUACAUUAACAUUGCUGUGAAAACUCAAUAAAAUUACAAACAGUCAAAUCAUAGCAGGCAACAUACAGUGAUUAUUAUAGCACAAUCGCAUAGUUUAAGGAGGUGGGGGAGACAAUAAUUAACAGAAAAUAUCUCACGUGCCUGCAGAAUUAGCAAUAUGCAAAUCUACCUGAAUAUGCAAAUUAACCAGUCUUGCUAUUUAGGUAGUGCAUAUUGCUGUUGCUACCAACAGAGGGCACUAGACAAGCUCCAUAGCCAAAUCCACCUAGUUGGUAGCAAACCUCAGCAGUACAGGAGAGCAGGCAAUACAUCCCAGAGGCCAUAGUCACAUGGCAGGAGGCUGGCAAUCAGUCUUCUUCAAUGCCGAGUGGCGAGGCUGGUUCUGCCACAAUAAUCACAUGGCAGGAGGCUGGCAAUCAGUCUUCUCCAAUGCCCAGUGGCGAGAAUGGUUCCGCCAUAGGCGAGACCCCAACCAAGCUGUGGCGGUUGAUGGGCUCUGCAGUGCUUAUGGUGUCUGGUGCGGUGCUGAUGGUCCUUGGUAAGCACUAGGAGCAUCGAUUGACGGAGGGUCCGUCACUAUACCGAUUAAAUAGAGAAUAAGGACAACAAAUAUAUAAAGGAAAAAGCAAAUAAUUGUAUAAUGUUUAUUACAAACUACAAAUUAGAACAUAAAAAGGUAACACUCACAAAAAUAAAUGCACAAUCAGUGAGGAUAUGUGCAAAACAAGCAUUUCAGCCAGAAUUGGCUUGAAACGUUCAACCUCACAGUCCUCUUUAGGUAUCCUGAUCUGCAGUGUCUAGGGUCACGCUAUCCAGGACACUGCUGAACUGGCAAUAAUCUGUCUGGCCACAAUUCUCAGGACUUCCUCAGGAGUGCUAUUAAAUAUAAAUAAAAAAUUGUAAACUAAUUGAUUAUUUAGCAGCUACCAUACUGUGGUGUGUAAUUCCCCCCAAAACAAAUAGAAAACAGACUACUGUAUAAAAUAUACUGUGGAGCACUAUAUUAAUUAAGUGCAAUAGAUAAUAUAUUCAGUAAUAGUGGUGAUAUUACUUGUAGAAAAAAAAUUACAAAAAUUACAAAAUGCUCAAUGUCACAUGCAGUCAUCACAACACCCACAAAUCUGAACAGCCAUAGAUUUUUAAAUCGGACUCAUACUUCAUACUUCAUACUUCAUUAAUACUGUGACGGACCGCCUGGCACCCCAACUGGGUGACUCCACUAAUCGAUGCUUCCUAGUAAGCCUUGAGUACCAUAAGCACCGCACUAAACACCAUCAGUGCCAUAGCCCCUUAGCCACCGCAGCUUGGCUGGGGUCUCGCCAUCCCUUCUCACCCUGGACCAAAGUGCUGGAUCUAGCUCCCAGUGAGAAGACCUCUCCUAAUCUAGAGAGUAUAGCAGGAUAGCGCUUACAAGAGUUUGUGAUAUUAUAGCCAGUAUAGCAAUCCAAAGCAGGUAUAGCUGUUUACCUACAAGUACGAGACUGAAGUAAACUGAGUUUAAUGGGAGCCACAAAUGGCCUUAUAUGCAAGUCCCCAUGCAAGAGGUUUUCCAUUACAUAAUUCAGGUGCAUUCGCCACUGGACCAGAGAGGGGACUAUGACAAAGUAUACACUGUAAUGACAUUGGCUCUCGGGUCCAGGACACUCCCACACAACAGGGUAAUCCCUCCCCUGUGCCUGAGAGAUAGUUACUUACACAAACAUAUAAUUUAAUUAUCUCUCACUACAAGAAACAUGCAAUACAACAACACCCCAAAAGUACCCCUGGAACACAUGGAAACCCCACAAAGAUCAUAUCCACUGAUAGCCCCAAUCUGAUGACCAACAUAUCCAAAAAUGACCCAGAUCGGUUUAGGGGCUCGGGUUUUCCAUGGAAGUCAUAAUCUUGACCGACCGUGCACAUGGUCCUAUGCCCAAAACAGUUUCAGGAAAUCAGGGCUAACGGUCGGUCUCUCUUUCUGGAGUACAAAAGUACAUGAAUCACAUAAGGUUUUUAAAGGGCCCAUCGUCUUUUGGCAGGAGGCUGGCAAGCAGGCCCCUCCAAGAACACAUGGUAGAGGCAUUUCUGACACAAAUACUAUUUAGCCUUAAGAUGAGUUAUCAAAAUAUACAUGUUCUAAGUUCCUUUCAGUUUCAUGUACCAAAAUGUACUACUUUAACUCAUGUACCAAAAGUUUCUACUUAUGUCUGAGUAUAAACGUGGAACAAAUACACUUAUUUUUCACCAAAUGUGUUCAUGUCUCACCUCUGCCCCAUCACAAUAAAUUUAAUAUUGACUUUUCAUCAUGCUUUGUCUGUACCCCACAAGACUUCUAUCAACCAUUGUCAAUGGAAUAACUAAUUAUUAUAAUUAUUUUUACUUCUCUCUACCUUGUUUUUAGGUGGACAGAAUACUAUUAAAACAGCACUACGAGGUUGUGCCACAAAAAGCAUGUGCGAUCUCGGAGACCGAACUACAAAAUAUAAUGGAAUAACAACAACCAUAAAAGUUUCCUGCCGCAGUGGAUCAGCUGAAACACUCUAUUCAUCCUUAUUUCUCUUGGGGAUUGUUAUCAUUCGUUUGAUAUGA